CGCUUUCCCUCGUCUUCUCUAUCCGACGUCUGUUCUUCACACGGCGAAUUCAACGAUUUUUUCCGAUCGCCACCGUCAUGUCUCAGGUUGAUAACAGAAACUCCUCUGCGGCCAAACGUGCCAGAACUGAUGGGGGUCGUAGAGAAGAUGAUUGGACUUGCCCUAGCUGUGGAAAUGUGAAUUUCUCUUUCAGGACAACAUGCAAUAUGCGCAAUUGUACACAACCUAGACCAGCCGAUCAUAAUUCUAAAUCUGCUGGAAAGGCAAUGCAGACCCCACAAGGGUAUUCAUCUGCUACUGCUGGUCCUUACGUUGGUUCUGGUGCACCUUCAUCAAUGUAUAUUGGUGUACAACCUUAUGGCUCCUCUCUCUCUAUGCCUCCUUAUGAUGUUCAUCUUCCCUCUGCUUAUCAUUAUAAUUAUGGAACUCGCCUUUCUGGAGGUAGCCCCUAUCGACCCCUCCCACCCCCCUACUCUGGUGGCUCAAUGAUAGGUGGUAUGUAUGGAGUACCUCCAAUGAUGGACCGAUACUUGCCUUUGGGCCACACUGCUGCAAUGGGUCCACGACCUGGGUUUUAUCCAGAAGAGAAAGCAAAGAAAGAUGGGAAAAGCGACAAUGAUUGGGUAUGCCCUAAUUGUGGAAAUGUGAAUUUCUCAUUUAGGACAGUUUGUAACAUGAGAAAAUGCAAUACACCUAAGCCAGGAUCUCAGGCUUCAAAGUCAGGCAAGAACUCCAAAGGAGAUAUGCCUGAUGGGAGCUGGAAGUGUGAUAAAUGUAACAACAUAAACUACCCAUUCAGAACAAAAUGCAACAGACAAAACUGUGGUGCUGAAAAACCAUCAGAAUCCGGGAACUCCCCUUCAGAAGAAGCAGAAGAAAACGAUCAGGUGAUAGCGAGAGUAGGGUGAUGUUGUGGCAACUGUGGAUGAAUAUGGCCAUGAAGGCAAAGAUGAGAAUGGCAAGGUGCCAGGUGGCAGUAGCGGUGGCUCUGCCAGGUGUUGGUUGAUGAAGAGUGGUGGCCGGUGGGGGAGGGAAGGAGCAUUUCAUCAUGAGAUGGGUUUUUGCGAAGGAUCAAAGGAAUUGAAAUUCGAUCUUUUAUUUAACCAAAACAAGGGGUUGUAAUGGAUUUUAAUUCCAAAUCCCUAUAAAAGCAAACACACCCACAUUAUGAAGCUUGGUUACAUCCUGUAGUUUUUUUAUAUAAUCACGUGGGUUUGAAUAUAUAAAAAAUGACGACAGUUGAGCAGCAAGAGCGUAUAUUAGGAAAGCUUUUGAUUUGAAGGGUUGUGGCUCGUCUAAUUCUAACCAACAUUUGCAGAAUGAGAUCCCAUGUAAUGUAUUUUUUUAUACUAAAAUGAAAUUGCGAACAUGAUUUUACUUUCUUUUUAGCGGUGCGCCAUAUUUAUAUUUUUUAAAUA